AUGGAUAAUGCCGCACAGAAGCUAUUGGAAUCUGCAACACAUAGGAUGCUUCAUGCAUCGACCUUCUCCCGGUCUUCUUCUCAGGCGUCUUUAGUACUCACUGAUCUCCUCUCGCGUUAUUUGGCUCUUUUGUCGUCGACAUGUGCGAAACACGCACAACACGCGGGCAGGACGAAGUUGACACCGAUGGACGCACUAUCUGCUUUGGAUGAGCUCGGUGUAAGUCUCGAUGAGCUGAAGGAAUACGGAUCCACUGAGGGUAUUGAGCUGAACCGUUACGCGGUCAAGUCCUUGCGUCGCAUCGAAGAUCUGAAUGAAUUCAGAGCCCAACUGAAUGACGGACUACGGCAGGAUCGCAAUGAUGCGAUCCCAUUGCAUUAUGCGCCAUUCGCCGGUGUCGAAGAAUUGGAGGAAGACGAAGACGAAGAAGUAGAGGCGCAGGCUAUGUUUGACGGUGAGGAAGAUGCGGAGGCAUCGUUUGACGAAGACAACGAGUUCAACCUUGAUAUUCUCCCCAACCACGAACCCAGACAUGCCCCUCCGAUACCCACAUUGCCGCUAUCUCCUAUAUCGAACCCGUCUACGCCACCACGGAAACGGCAACGGACAAUAGAUUGGGAUCCACCGCCUCAUAUUCCCGACUUUCUACCUCCAUUUCCUGCCAUCUUACCAGCGUCUCCUCCUCAGACACAGUCCGAACUGGCAGAGGAACCACUUCCCACUGAAACAAAGAACACCAGGCCUCAUUCUCCCGCACUUCAGGCGCCACCUGCACAAGCACUGACGUCGUCAGCCACAGCGGAUUGGCUGAUGCAAGUGCCGUAUUCCCAGUCUUCUUUGUCUUCUCAGCCAGAAUGGCACCUUCCGUCGCCGCCUACUGAUCAUGCCACAUUACCUGCCCGUAUAUCCAGAUUUCCUACACCCCAAACUGAUCAAUCCCUCUUUUCUGCAUAUCACCAUAUUCUCACGAGUCGGUCAUCGUCCGACAGCCUGGGAACCAGCAACCCUCAGAGACAUAAAGUCGCCAUGUCUUUGUUAGCACUGACACAGACGUCAUCCCGGUGGGACCCUCCGGAUACGUUGUAUUCUAAUCUUGCAACAAAUCAGCCCAGAGUGUCGGCUAUGGGACCUAGCUUUGCUGUGCCUACUCCUGGUGGACAUGGCUUCGACAAGGUGAAGGACAAAGACUUCAAAUUCCCUGGAAUUCCUGGGAAGAGUGUUUCGUCGACUGAACGACUUUCGAAUGUCGUGAGUCAGCAGUCCUCAAGAAUACCUGAACUUGCCAGACAUGUUCUUCCGUCGAAGAUCUUCAAUCGUACAAGCAAGCUCAGCAACCCGCCUGUCAUGACAGUGGACAGUAAACAACUUAUCUAUGGAGUUGGUAUUCCUGCGCCUUGGAAUUCAUCUUCAGCGACCACCACAACUACUGACCCAACGACGGGGAAGAAGGAGGAAAAGCCGUGUGCUGUGCCUGACGCCAAGCUAUUCGCCACUUGGGAUUCUGAGACAAAAAAUUAUAGGGAACCUCUGGGCCGAGGGAGACAGGGAGGACGAUCUGGCAAGAGCAUAUUAGGGUCCGCGUUGACAAGGAAAAGCAGAGUGUGA